AUGAGUGACGUAUGUGUAAGCGAAGCGAGUGAAGAGACUGUUGGCGUGUCUGAGAUUGGAUUAGCGCUGUGUGUGUGUGACAUGGACAGACUCGGACGAAAUGAGUUUAUUGGGGAGGUGAGAGUGGCCCUGAAGAAGCUAAAGGAAGGAGAGAGCAAACGCUACAAUAUGGGGCUAGAGAGAAUUGCACAGAAUAAGGAAACUAACAAUCAGUUGGUCGAGCAGGGUGCUGUCGUGGCAGAGGAAGAGCGUGGUCGCAUCCUGGUGUCGCUAUGCUACAACACAGAGAAGGGCUGCCUGCUGGUUGGGAUCAUACGCUGUGCCCAUCUGGCUGCCAUGGACUCCAACGGCUACUCUGACCCAUUUGUCAAAAUCAUCUUACAGCCAGAUAUGGGGAAAAAGUCAAAGUACAAGACCUCGGUGAAGAAAAAGACUCUCAAUCCUGAAUUUAAUGAGGAAUUUUCAUAUGAAGUAACCUUGGACCAGCUGGCAAAGAAAACCCUGGAGAUCUCUGUGUGGGACUAUGACUUGGGAAUGAGCAAUGACUUCAUAGGCGGAGUGGAGCUGGGCAUCAAUGCGACGGGACAGAGACUCAGACACUGGUUCGAGUGUCUGAAAAACAAAGGAAAGAAAGUGGAAUACUGGCACACGCUCACGCAGCAGGGAGCCCCAAGCAGCGACAAGCCGGACUAGACUCCCCAAGACAUUCCCACAGACAAAGGCACACCACACAAGCACAGAUGCGUUUGUCUUACCCAAGCGAUGGUUGACAGAGUCCAACAAAAGCAGCAGCGAUUAACCUAAACAAAGAAGAAAAGAUGCAAUAAUAACAAGGAUACAAAUCUAAAUUGUCAUGUGUUGCCACUAAUUGAGGCACAACGAAUUAGUAUAUAUUCAUACUAAUCUCAGUGAUGGUGACAAGGUAUGAUCUGAAUCUGUUUAUUUUUCUAGGUAAACAAAAUUGUGACGAUGUCUUUGUUGAAGUGUUGCCGUACCAAAACAUUACACUAGAAAAUGUGCUCAGAUCUCACCGUAUCGUAGAAGCUGAAACAUCUUCAUCGAAAUUGACAUCUAACCAACAGAUCGGAGGCUCAUCCCGUUAAAGUGCCCAAAUAUUUGUACAUUUUUGUGACUUCUUAUAUGGUACAUAGUUCCAGGAGUUACAGGAUGCUGCUAAAAAAAAAAU